AUGUAUAUCCGAAAGGCAAAAACAACAAUCAAGUGUAGAGGUUUAGCUGUGUCCAUCCCAGCUGAUCUCAUGCUUGAGAAACUUUCUAGAUUGCCUGUAAACUCCAUCGGGAGGUUUAGCUGCGUGUCUAAGCUAUGGGGGUCCAUGUUUCGCCGUCCAUAUGUCACGGAGUUGUUAUCGGCUCGUCCACGUCUCUUAUUAGCGGUCGUACGAGACGGUGAGUGGAGCUUCUUCUCGUCGCCUCAGCCAUCAGAUCCAUAUGGGAACACUUCUCCUGUAGCAACCGCGUAUUUUCAAAUGAAGUUGUUCUCUGAAGACAUGAUCCCUUAUGGUUGUAGCUAUACUUCUGGUUUGAUCUAUUUCCCUGAUAUGUGGAUCUCGAAAAUUUCAGUACCUGUGAUAUGUCACCCUUCCACGGGACAGUAUGCGAUCUUACCUAAACUGUAUAGCUUCAGGAAGUCAACAAGCUUUUUAGGGUUUGAUCGUAUUGGCAAGCAAUUCAAGGUAUUGGCCGAGGCUUAUCCGUUUUCUGAUGAAAGGGUUCAUCACAAAGUUCUGACAUUAGGGACGGGAAAACUGAGGUGGAGGAGUGAUAUACACUGUCCUGCAUAUGAUCGUUCCUUGUCUGAUGGGAUAUGCAUCAAUGGGGUUUUGUAUUACUUAGCUAGCACCGUUUGUGAAUCCUCUUAUGUGAUAGUUUCCUUUGAUGUUAGGUCAGAGAAAUUCAAGUUUAUUGACGCAAGUUGCUUUUGUGAUCAAUAUAGUUAUAAAUUGAUAAAUUAUAAAGGUAGACUAGGUGGGAUUAGUUGGAGUUAUGUCGGCAGUACCCUUGAGUUGCGUAUGUUAAUUCUAGAGGAUGUUGAGAAACAUGAAUGGUCGAGAUAUGUCUACUCUCUGGGGGAGAAAGCAAUCGUUGAUCCCAAAAAUGUUGACAUCGUUGGAGUGACUACCGCCACAGGUGAAAUUGUUUUGUGUGAGAAGUAUAGAUCAUCUAGACCGUUAUGUGUUUUCUACUUCAAUCCCCAGAAGAACACUCUCCAAAGAGUUGAAAUCCAAGGUCUUGAGAAGAACAGUAAAGUUUACGCUUUUUUAGACUAUGCACAGGAUUUGAAUUCUAACGAUGCAAAGCAACUCUUGUCAAGCCUAGUUAACCAAGGCCUAAACAUCAGUACGGAACGGCCAAAACAAUAA